AUGGAUGAGAAGCUGCAGGCGCAUCAGGUUGACAUCGACCCGGAUUUUGAACCUCAGAGUCGGCCUCGCUCUUGCACCUGGCCGCUGCCUCACCCCGACUUCCCGGGCGAAGAAGACGAUGGAAGCGGCGGUGCGGGAGGAGGAGGUGGCGCCGAGAACGCCGGCGUGGCGGCGGAGCGUGGCAAAGCGACCCCCGCGCUGCCUUCCUUGAGCGCGGACGUUGGACAGCUCCGCAAAGCGAAGACUUCGCGGCGGAACGCUUGGGGCAACCUGUCUUACGCCGAUCUCAUCACCAAGGCGAUCGAGAGCUCCCCGGAGAAACGGCUCACCCUCUCCCAGAUCUACGACUGGAUGGUCCGAUACGUGCCCUAUUUUAAGGAUAAAGGCGACAGCAACAGCUCGGCUGGAUGGAAGAAUUCAAUCCGGCACAACCUGUCCUUGCACACCCGCUUCAUCCGCGUGCAAAACGAAGGCACCGGCAAAAGUUCCUGGUGGAUGCUGAACCCCGAAGGUGGCAAAACUGGGAAGACGCCCCGCCGACGAGCCGUCUCCAUGGACAACAACAGCAAGUUCCUGCGGAUCAAAGGCAAAGCCAGCCGGAAAAAGCAGAGCCAGACUGCUCAGGAACGAGGAGAGGAAAGCCCAGCGAGCCAGCAGGCCAAAUGGUCAGAGAGCCCCACCUCCCACGCCGGCGAGGAAUAUGACGCUUGGGCUGACUUCCGGACACGGGCCAACUCCUCGGCCAGCACGCUGAGCAGUCGCCUCUCCCCCAUCAUGGCCAACCAUGAGCCAGAUGAUCUGGAGGAGGAUGAUGGGACCCCCUCCUCCCCGCUGAUGUACCCCAGCCCUUCGAGCACCCUGUCCCCUUCCCUGAACGCCCGCUGUUCAGUGGAGAUGCCCAGGCUGACCGAUCUCACUGGUACCAUCAACCUGAACGAGAGCCUGGGAGAGAGUCUUCUCGAUGACUUGCAGGACAACUACAGCAUGAGCCCAGCCCAGCCGCUUUCUGCUGGAGGACUUCGGCCCAGGACCUCCAACUUUGGCUUCAGCUCCAAGUGCUCCUCCGUGGGGGCAGGAGGUGGGGGAGGGGGAGGAGGCGGGAACACCUACUCUGGGACUAUCUAUAGCCAGCCCGCCAUGAGCAUCAUGCGCCGUCUGCCCAUGCAGACCAUCCAAGAGAACAAGCAGGCCACUUUCGUCCCCAUGAAUUCCUACCGCAACGCCUCGUUGCAGGACCUGCUCUCCUCCAUUUCCUACGCGCACAAGGAGGGGGAGCCGCACCUGCCCCCGGCCAGCAGCAUGGGCCUGCCUCGCGGCCACAGACCAAACGCCCUGGUGUGUAGCGGUGGGGGUGGAGGUGGAGAGAUAGGGUUGGUUCCCUACCCUCCCCACUCGUCCUCCCUCAUGAAGAGCAACACGUUAUACCACCACCCGUUGCCAGCUGGCCAUCACCCUCCUCUUAACAACAGUGCCUUACCGUCUCCGAUCAGCCUUAUGAGCCUGCCCGGUGACACUUGCAGCAUGGUGAACAUGCCUCACCACGGGCAUCUCCAUUCCUACGUCAGCAACCAGGGGGCGCACAUGAGCUUGCUAGAUUCCUUGCAGGGACCUUACCCAGAAGCCAUGCACACCCCUGUUUUGAGUCAGGACAGAUUCCCAGCCGAUCUAGACUUGGACAUGUUCAACGGGAGCUUGGAAUGCGAUGUGGAGUCCAUCAUCCUCAAUGACUUCAUGGACAGCGACGAGAUGGACUUCAACUUUGACUCGGCUCUUCCGCCACAAAACGGUCUCAACGUGGCCCCUUUGCCCAGUGCCCCACAGCCCAGCAAUCAAAGCUGGGUACCUGGGUGAGGCCCGUUCAGGCUGCUCAGGCCCAGCAAUGAGUGGGGCAAAGAGGGUCUUGGGGAAACAGAACUCUUUCCUCCAUCAUUCAGCCCUGCUCUUCUUCUACUUCUUCUUCUUCUUCUGUUCUUUGCCUUCAUUUCUUCAGCCAGGCUAGAGCCAUCUGUUGAAACUUGACAACGACACUACACUACACAUGCACGCACACAUGCACACACAAUCACACACACACACACAAACACACACACACACACACACACAAUGUAGGGUAAAAUGUUUUGACAGGUACCGGCGGCUUCCCGCCUUGUGCCAGGUGUAUUGUGCAGUAAGUCGGAUCUGUCUUUGAUGUGUGCAAUAGGCACAACUUAGCCAUGGCAUUGCAAAGUCGCUUCCCCUUUCCCCCCCUCCCUCUCUCCCUCCCUGGGCAUUUGCACUAUUGCACAGAAAGAGGGAACAGGUGAUCUGUGACCUGAAGAACAGACUAGAGCUAUUGCCAAGCAUUCGUGCUGACUUAGAGCAGGGGUCCCCAGCCCCGAGUCCGUGGCCCUGGGCCCUGGGCCGUGGCAUGCCAGAAACUGGGCCACGCAAACAAACGAAGCCCCCGUGGGAUGCAGGCAGUACAUGAAACCACACCCCCUCCGGUCCAUGGAAAAACCUCUCCAUGGAACCACUUCCUGGUACCCAAAAGGUUGGUGGCCUCUGACUUCGAUGGCUUCCAUACAAAGGUUUUAGAACAAGUUUUCUGCUGGCUUCCCACUUUCCUAACUAUCUAAAUUCUGAUUUGAUUUCUUCUUCUCCUCGCUAAUUCCUUGCCCGUCUAUGGCCCCCAUUUUAUGCAGCGGCCAACAGCAACAGGGAAGAACUAACUUCUGGUGUGAAACCUAGGUUUAUCGUGCAAUAGCUCCAUUAUAUCUCCAUCCUUUUAGCCGAAUUGCUGAGGAUUUGCUCAACAGGUAGGAAAAAUUAGAUCUGAGGCAUAUGUGGCAUGGCUGGUGCAGAAAGAACACAACAACAACAACAACAACAAUAACAACAACAACAUGGGUUUGAUUGCUAUAAAUCUAGCCACUGACUCUGCAUUGCCCAGUAGACAUGGGGGUAACAGGAACUGAACUCGUCAACGUUGCUCAUUUUCGUGCUCAUUUUCAAUGCCAUCUGGGUUUGCAACGGAAGCAGCUUGCAGGAUGAAAUGUGCAUGCACGUGGCCAUGUGGGAGAAUGGGCCCUAAUACCAUUUGCUCCGGCAUACAAAUAUGUGAAGUUUGCCCUUACCCAUGAUGGCAUUUGGCAUUGUGGCAGAGAUGGCUGCCGCUGGGAUGGGCAGGUUAAGUAGGAAGGUGGAAUGGGAAGGACUGGUGGCAGCUUAUUUUCAGUGUUUGCACCUCCAGUAAUGAAACACAUAAGGCUGAACCUAGCGAGUAGCUAAUAUAAUACCCCCUAAUAAUAAAUUUUGAGUUGUAGAAAGUGAUUAUUCCUGGCAAUCUGGAACAAGGAGGAAAUGCGUGGUAUCUUUUCUUCCAUGCAAAGGAAACUGAAGGUCCAGAGUUGAAUGGGCUGAAAGAAAGGCCAAUAUCUGGAAAAAGCUUUAUUAGAAUAGGGGCACAAAGAACCCAAACCACAAGGUGAUGAGAGAAAACUAGAGUUCCAUCCAGACAUGGCAUGAUAGAUAAUGAAUAGAUGCUAGGGUCAAUGUGAGAAAAGACGAAAUAUCUGGGACCUGCCUAAGAUCUCAUUGGUGUUAUUAGCCUUCUCUUGGCUUCUGUCUGUCUCCUUCCUGAGUGUUCUUUGCUACACUGAGACCCAACAUGGCUAUUUGGUUUCUUGAAAUGUUCACCUUACAAUAAUAAGCAAAAGCUUUGUAAUUUGAAGGGUGGAACCUCUAGAGGAAGGGUAAAAAAUUCCCCAGAGCCUUUUAGCAGGAUGUUCAUUGUGUCCCUUUCUCAUGUACAUUCAUGCUGUCAAGUCCACGCAUAUCUGAAAUGAGAACAUGAUUGGAAUUAUCAUUACUGCAGGCUGCCCAACUCAUUUUAAACCCCAGAUCCAGGCAGAUCUUCAAAACAAUCCAAUCAGAGGUGGUAUUUAGCUGGUUCAGAUUGUUUCUGGAGAAUCGGUAGCAGAAAUUUUGAGUAGUUCAGAGA